AUGGGAGGAGAAUCAAGUUCGAAGAUGGUUAAGAAGAAGAGAUCGAAGAAGGAUCCUCUCAAAGACGAUCCCAAUCGACCACGGCUGAGGAGUGAAGCAGAAGAAGACGAGGGGUCGCCGGCUUUCAUGACCCAGGGUCUUGAACUAAGCGGCGAGGAGAUGCCUAUGCCUUAUCUCCGUGUUAAUGAAGCGACUGAUCUCAUAGGUCAGCUUGCAGAAGAUUAUCGGAGCCCGUCGGCAUCACCGGUUCGCGACGUGGAAUCCGAGGAGAAAGAAGUCGAGUUUUCUGAUUCUGCAUGGGAUCUGGGAGAAGAGGAAGAUGAUGAGGAGCCAUCGAUUCGAAACUCGAAGGCACGAAAGGUGAAGGAGGAGAUGCAAAAAGAGUUGGGAAAACAGAUCAAGGAGCAAGAGAGCUCUGAAACUGAUGAUUCAGAAUCUGCUGCUGGAACAGGAUCUGUGACUGGUAACGUAUCCUUUGAUUCUGACAAAUUCUGCUCAGCUGGAGCCUACCAAAGGUACAUUGUAUUCAAGAAUCGAGGUAUUAUUGGUGAAAAAUUGGUAGAUUUAGAGAAACAGAAGGAAUUUGAGUAUUCGUCUGUGAUUGCCGAAGCCGGAUUUACUCCCACAGUGUCGAUUAAGUCAGGUUAUGAUAGGGAGGUUAUCAACGAAUUUUAUGCGAAUCUGGGAGACACUGUGAUCAAUGAUGGGGGAGUUAUGGUUCUGGUCCGAGGUCGCAUCAUUAACUUCAGUCCUGUCAAGAUCAACACCUUUCUGAAGAUGUCUGAAUUGAGUGCCAAGGAUUUUAGAACUGCUGCAGCAUCUGACAAAACGGAUCCAGAUUAUGUUGCUGCAUUUCUGAAAGAAGAUGGAUCUCAUGAAGGUAUGGUUCAGGUCAUCAGCAAGCGUCCCAAGAAGGUUCCAGCACUGUCUACGGUCCAUCUCUCUUCUAAGUUUGCUGCAUUGGCCAUUCUGGCUGGACACAACUGGUACCCAACAACGCACCGUACACACAUUGCUCAAUACAGAUCUAUGCUUCUGUACAAGUUGGCUCAGAAGGUGCGAGUAGACUUUGGAGAGAUGGUGUUUCAGCAAGUCAUGGCCAUCAGUCAAAUUGAAAGAGAGGACAACAAGCAAGCCGAUUCAAGAAAGCUGGUGUUUCCUCAUCUGAUCUAUGGGAUGAUUCAGGAACAGUGUGGAGGUUUUGUCAGCGUGGAUGAGGUGUUAGUACUGCCUACUCACUAUCAGAUGGAUGGUAGAACUGAGAAGAAGGACACAGGAGCAUCCAAAUGGGCAACCAGGACGUCACUGCGUACCAGGACCAAGACUGUUGCACCAGUCAAAGAUGAACCCACAACCAAGAAGAGAGCCCAGUCGCCUUCAAGUCAACCUGUACUGAAGAAGAAGACCAAGAGGGAGCCAGAACAGUCCAAGCCAUCUAGCGCAGCUCAGUUCGAUGACUCAGGCUUAGCAAUUGAUGUUUCACUUGGCCACAUCAGUGUGCCUCUGGGUCGCUCAAAUCAGAAGGUUGUCAACAAAGCUCUGUAUCAGAUUACUUCUGUGCUGCAUCAGCUGGCUGGGAUAGUUCGGGAUGUGCGUCAGGCUAAUCAAGGGGGAGAAGUAAGUGAUGACGAGAGUGGCUAA